AUGCCUAAAGCGAAGCCGCCGAGGGGCUCAGCCAGAGCCGGGGCGGCGGUUUCUCUGGCCGAGCAGAUUAUCCAGGGAGACUUAGUGAAGCCCACUACGCGCGUGAAGGCCAGGGGUGCAGGGGGGAGGCGUGGCGGCGAAGAGGAUGAGUACGUGGAUGAGAAGCUCUCCCGGAGGAUCCUGGAGCAGGCUCGGAUCCAACAGGAGGAGCUGGAGGCCGAGCAUGGCGCCGGCAGGGAAGAGGCGAAGAAAACGAGGACGACCGUCCUGGGAACUACAUCGAAGGAUGGAAAUUCAGACUCAGAUGAUGAUGAGUGGCCAACACUGGAAAAAGCUGCAACCAUGGAGAAAGGAGAUUAUUGUGAGGAGGUGACUGUGAAUAUGGAAGAUGAAAAGGCCAUUGAAAUGUUCAUGAACAAGAACCCACCGUUGCAGCGCACCUUAGCAGAUAUCAUCCUGGAGAAGAUCACAGAAAAACAAACAGAAGUUGAGACGGUGAUGUCGGAAAUAUCAGGUCGGCCCAUGCCACAGCUUGACCCACGUGUCCUAGAGGUCUAUAAGGGUGUCAAAGAAGUGCUGUCAAAAUACAGAAGUGGAAAACUGCCCAAGGCCUUCAAGAUCAUACCAGCCUUAUCUAAUUGGGAGCAGAUCCUUUAUAUCACAGAACCAGAAACGUGGACGGCAGCUGCCAUGUACCAAGCGACCAGAAUAUUUUCAUCGAACCUCAAAGAGAAGAUGGCUCAGAGGUUUUACAACUUGGUGCUACUCCCUCGAAUCAGAGAUGACAUUGCUGAAUACAAACGCCUCAAUUUCCAUCUUUACAUGGCCUUGAAGAAGGCCUUGUUCAAGCCUGGAGCCUGGUUUAAAGGGAUCCUUAUCCCCCUGUGUGAGUCAGGAACAUGUACGCUGAGGGAAGCCAUCAUUGUGGGCAGCAUUCUUUCCCAGUGCUCUAUCCCCGUUCUUCAUUCCGGUGCUGCUAUGCUAAAGGUUGCUGAGAUGGAGUACAGUGGAGCCAACAGCAUCUUCCUCCGUCUGCUAAUCGACAAGAAGUAUGCCUUGCCCUUCCGAGUUGUAGAUGCUCUGGUCUUCCAUUUCCUAGCUUUCCGGACAGACCAACGCACCUUACCUGUUCUGUGGCACCAGUGUCUCUUGACCUUUGCCCAGCGUUACAAAGAAGACCUCUCCUCAGAGCAAAAAGAAGGCCUCUUGGAGCUGCUCAGAUUCCAGAGCCAUCCCCAGAUCUCCCCGGGGAUCCGCAGGGAACUGGUGAACUCCAAGUGUCGGGAUGUGGAGGGAAUGCAGCCUGAGGCAAUGGCGUGA